UAUUCGGUACAAACUAUCUUCUACCUGCCACAUAGACACCCGGAUAAAGUUCUAUAUAAGGCGUUGAAAAGUCUGCUUUAACGCACUUUCACUAGCGGGCGCCAGAAGAGACAAAACUUGUGGUAGAGACAUUUCUGAAUUCAAUAUUAGAUUCAAAUAUUGGCAAUGGCAAGUCUUCGAAACUCAAGACGGACCAGCAUCUACUUGUUGUGAUACUGUGGUUGUGUGUAAUUAAAACAUUUUUUAGUUUUUUAACAUGAUUCAACACGAUAACAUCGGUCUAGUAUAACUAUACCUACAUACGUCUUGUCACAGUUGACCCAAGAUACGUGUGCUCUGCUGCCACUGUUGACCCAAGAUACGUGUGCUCUGCUGUCACUGUUGACCCAAGAUACGUGUGCUCUGCUGUCACUGUUGACCCAAGAUACGUGUGCUCUGCUGUCACUGUUGUCCCAAGAUACAUACGUCUUGUCACAGUUGACCCAAGAUACGUGUGCUCUGCUGUCACUGUUGACCCAAGAAUCAUAAAUCAUGGCAUACGGAAACAUCAACUUUUCUACGUCUACUGCCAACUUGACCGUUGAUAGCGAUUGUUUUCAUUUAAAUUUGGCAACUUUGAUCUUUAACGUUUUGGAAAUUGUAUUCCUUGUUAUAAUAAAUUUAACAACCUCACUCAGUUUUAUGAUUAACACUUUUGCAUUGUUUGCUAUUCUGCAAACAAAGAAACUAAGAAACUAUAAAACAAGUUUUGUGAUUUCGCAAGUGGUCGCCGACAUCAUCUUUCAGUUGGCAAUGACAUUAAUAAACCUAAUACAACCAAAUUUAGCAACCCCACUAAUUUUUAACUUUGUAGGAAUUUUUUGCAAAAACAUUAGUUUUUCUUUGAUGCUAUGUAUUUCUGUAGAGAAGUACAUCCUGCUCCUACAUCCUGUUGUGUAUCAACGCUUAGUUACGAAAGUAAAAAUGUACGUUGUUGUCAGCGCUGUCUGGGUAUUAUCCUUCAUUCUCAGCAAUCCUUUUCAGAUGUGCAGUUUUUUUGCUUUGUCCUUUUCGUCUUACGGUAAAAAGUAUCACCAAUAUGUAUUUCCUGUUAUUAAUUGUCUGGGUCUAAGUGUACUCACCUUCAUUUGUAUACAUAUCUUUGUCAUCACAAGAAGACAUCUAAAUCAAAUAGCCAGAUUAAAGCAUUUCAUCACUGACUCUUGUACAUACAGGCAAAAUCAGAAUGACUUUAACAAGAGAAGGAUGAAGACCAUAAGUUUUUUCAUGACUGUAUUUAUAAAUUAUUUAUUUUUACUUACCCCGGUAAUGGCUGCGAAAUGUUAUAUAAUGAUACAUAAUUUUUUCAGAUCUGAUGAUUAUUAUCAAUUAUUUUUCACUGUACAAUUGUUAGAAUCUCUUUCCUCGUUAUUUAAUGUGUAUAUGUAUACGUGGAAAUAUCCUGGCUUUAAAAAAGCGGCAAGACAUCAAUAUACUAGAGUAUACAAUAGGGUUUCCGGAUGUCUGGUUUUCAUAUACUGUGGCCCAAAGGUUGAAAGAAAUGCAACAGUUAUUCUAGAAAUGCAGAGGCUUAAUAGGUGAAUUGCAGCAAGUUUGAUAGAGAGUAUAAACUUUUAAAAAGUGACCAUUUGAAGGUACUUCCUUAUAUUAUAGAACGUAAAGGCCAACAAAUCUUUUUUUUUUCUUUACUAGAAAGUUGUUCGUUUUUGUUUGUAAAGCAACGGAAAAUGUGAGAGUAAAGGAAUAUUGCAGGGUAUGUUACAAAUAUGUUACAAUAUGUUACAAAAAAUGAUAAAUAUUAACGCUAAGUUUAACAAGUGUAAAUCAAUGAAGAAGACAUAUCUCAAGUUAGUAUGCAUUGUGUAAAAUAUCUUGAUAUAUCCUACGUUUGGUGAGAUGAUUAAAUUAAGUUACUGAGUUUAAAAUGUUGCUGUGGUCUAUUCCACUUGAAAACAGAAAUAAAAUAGUGAGGUUAGCUUUUUUUUUUUUU